UCAGAUUUGUUGUAUUCAGCGUCGACAAAAUGUAACCGGAAAUACACUUGCCCUGUGCGGAAGUGGUGCCGUUCCAGCUGUUAUUGUUGACAGACCGAGGUUUUCACGGGAAAAUGGCGGUGUCCCGUCGGUCUUCGCAGCAUCACGGCGUUUUGCAGUCGCCUCCGCGGAACGCCACUAUCGCCUCUCCGCCUCCCGCGCUGUCGCCAGUGGUCCCGGAUCCGGCGACUCUGAGCGCCGCGGACGGCGGCGGCGGCGGCGGCACGGAAAGCGCCGCGGCCUCCCCGGAGCGCCCCAGCUCCGGCUGCAGCAGCGCCAGCUCCGCCGGGGGCGCCACGGACAGCAGCAGCCCCGGCUCGGCAGCCGCCAGCCCGGCCGAGGAAGGCGGCGGCGGCGCCGGCGGGGCGUUCCGGGAGCUGUUCGAGGCCUGUCGCAACGGAGACGUCUCCCGGGUGAAGAGGCUGGUGGACGCGGUCAACGUGAACGCCAAGGACAUGGCGGGGAGGAAGUCCACGCCGCUGCAUUUCGCCGCGGGUUUUGGGAGAAAAGAUGUUGUCGAGCAUCUCCUGCAGACCGGCGCGAACGUGCACUCGCGCGACGACGGUGGGCUGAUUCCGCUCCACAACGCGUGCUCGUUCGGCCACGCGGAGGUGGUCAGCCUGCUGCUGUGCCAGGGCGCGGACCCCAACGCGCGGGACAACUGGAACUACACGCCUCUGCACGAAGCUGCCAUUAAGGGCAAGAUCGACGUGUGCAUUGUCCUGCUCCAGCAUGGUGCCGAUCCCAACAUUAGAAAUACAGAUGGCAAAUCAGCCCUGGACUUAGCAGAUCCGUCCGCCAAGACCGUCCUCACUGGUGAAUAUAAGAAGGAUGAGCUGCUGGAGGCAGCGAGGAGUGGUAAUGAAGACAAGCUGAUGGCUCUGCUAACACCACUCAAUGUCAACUGCCAUGCCAGUGAUGGGCGCAAGUCAACUUCGCAAAAAAUGCUGUCAACCCCACUCCAUCUGGCUGCUGGUUAUAACCGUGUUCGUAUAGUCCAGCUGCUCUUGCAGUACGGUGCAGAUGUCCAUGCCAAAGACAAAGGUGGUCUGGUCCCUCUGCAUAACGCCUGCUCCUAUGGUCACUACGAGGUUACAGAGCUCCUGUUAAAGCAUGGAGCUUGUGUGAAUGCGAUGGACCUAUGGCAGUUUACGCCCCUGCAUGAGGCAGCCAGUAAGAACAGAGUGGAAGUGUGUUCUCUGUUGCUGAGUCACGGUGCUGAUCCCACCCUCCUUAACUGCCAUGGCAAGAGUGCCAUCGACGUUGCACCCACACCUGAGCUACGAGAGAGGCUGGCCUAUGAGUUCAAAGGUCACUCACUACUGCAGGCGACUCGGGAAGCUGAUGUGGCAAAGGUGAAGAAAACCGCCCAGGAAAUCAUCAGCUUCAAACACCCACACUCCCACGACAGUGCUCUGCACUGUGCGGUGGCCUCUCCUCAUCCAAAACGUAAACAGGUGACAGAACUGCUACUGCGCAAGGGAGCCAACAUCCACGACAAGAACAAAGAUUUUAUGACUCCGUUCCAUGUAGCUGCUGAACGGGCUCAUAAUGAUGUUCUGGAGGUUCUGCAGAAGCACGGAGCAAAGGUGAAUGCAGUAGACACUCUGGGACAGACUGCCCUGCACAGAGCUGCUCUCGCUGGACACAUUCAGACCUGCCGCUUGUUGCUUAGUUACGGAGCAGACCCAUCAAUCAUCUCUCUGCAGGGCUUCACAGCUGCUCAGAUGGGAAACGAGGCUGUACAACAGAUACUCAGUGAAAACAUCCCUGUGCGAAACUCUGAUGUAGACUACCGCUUUCUGGAGGCAGCCAAAGCUGGAGACCUGGACACAGUGAAGCAACUCUGCUCUCCCCAGAACGUGAACUGUCGGGAUCUGGAGGGGCGUCACUCCACACCGCUGCACUUUGCUGCCGGGUACAACCGUGUAGCAGUGGUGGAGUACCUAUUACAACAUGGCGCAGAUGUCCAUGCCAAGGACAAAGGUGGUCUGGUCCCUCUGCAUAAUGCCUGCUCCUAUGGUCACUACGAGGUCGCGGAGUUGUUGGUCCGCCAUGGGGCCUCGGUGAACGUCGCUGACCUGUGGAAGUUUACGCCGUUGCACGAGGCCGCAGCCAAGGGCAAAUACGAGAUCUGUAAAUUGCUCCUGAAGCACGGGGCGGACCCGUCGAAGAAGAACCGGGACGGGAACAUGGCUCUGGACAUGGUGAAGGAUGGAGACACGGACAUACAGGACCUGCUGCGCGGGGACGCCGCCCUGCUGGACGCCGCGAAAAAGGGCUGUUUGGCUCGCGUGCAGAAACUGUGCAGCCCAGACAACAUCAACUGCAGAGACACACAGGGGAGGAACUCCACCCCUCUGCACCUGGCAGCUGGCUACAAUAACCUGGAUGUGGCGGAGUAUCUGCUGGAGCAUGGUGCAGACGUGAACGCGCAGGAUAAGGGAGGCCUGAUCCCACUGCACAACGCUGCCUCCUACGGGCACGUGGACAUAGCUGCACUGCUGAUAAAGUACAACACGUGUGUGAAUGCGACUGAUAAGUGGGCAUUCACGCCGCUGCACGAAGCGGCGCAGAAGGGUCGCACGCAGCUGUGCGCUCUGCUGCUGGCACACGGGGCCGACCCCACCAUGAAGAACCAGGAGGGUCAGACCGCACUCGACCUGGCCACGGCUGACGAUAUCCGGGCGCUGCUGAUGGAUGCCAUGCCGCCCGACGCUCUGCCCAGCUGCUUUAAGCCUCAGGCCACGGUGCUGAGCGCCGCCCUGAUCUCACCCGCCUCCACGCCCUCCUGCCUCUCUGCCGCCUCUAGCAUCGACAACCUGUCGGGGCCCCUCAGCGAUGGGGCGAGCGGUGGGGCCACCGGGGGUGCCAGCGGGCCUGCAGACGGAGCCACCGGGACUGAGCGGAAAGAGGGCGAGGUAGCUGUGUUGGACAUGAACAUCACUCAGUUCCUGAAGAGUCUGGGUCUGGAACACCUCAGAGACAUUUUUGAGCGUGAACAGAUCACCCUGGACGUCCUGGCAGAUAUGGGCCAUGAAGAGUUAAAGGAGAUCGGAAUAAACGCUUAUGGACACAGACACAAACUCAUCAAAGGCAUCGAGAGACUGCUAGGAGGGCAGCAGAGUGCUAACCCAUACCUGGCCUUCCACUGCACGGCCCAGGGAACUGUGCUGAUCGACCUGCCCCCUGACGAUAAGGAGUUCCAGUCUGUCGAGGAGGAGAUGCAGAGUACGAUCCGUGAGCACAGAGAUGGUGGUAACGCAGGAGGGGUCUUCAGCAGAUACAACGUCCUCAAGAUCCAGAAGGUGGUAAAUAAGAAACUACGUGAGCGAUACACACACCGGCAGAAGGAGAUUGCCGAUGAGAACCACAACCAUCACAACGAACGCAUGCUCUUCCAUGGGUCACCGUUUAUAAACGCCAUCAUCCACAAAGGGUUUGAUGAGAGACAUGCCUACAUCGGUGGUAUGUUUGGAGCGGGGAUUUACUUCGCCGAGAACUCGUCCAAGAGUAACCAGUAUGUCUACGGCAUCGGCGGGGGCACUGGUUGCCCCACUCACAAAGACCGUUCCUGCUACCUGUGCCACAGGCAGAUGCUGUUCUGCAGGGUGACCCUGGGGAAGUCCUUUCUCCAGUUCAGUGCUAUGAAAAUGGCCCACGCCCCCCCGGGCCACCACUCUGUGAUUGGACGGCCCAGCGUGAAUGGUCUUGCUUAUGCCGAGUACGUCAUUUACCGUGGGGAGCAGGCCUAUCCAGAGUAUCUCAUCACCUAUCAAAUCGCCAAACCAGAGAGUUCCCCCCAGACGACCACCGGAACAGAACAGAAAUCAUAGAUCUUCUCUAACUCUCUCUCUUGCGCUCUCUCACCAUCUCUCUCUUUCUUUC